AGUAGGAUUCGUAACUUCUCUCAGCGAAGAUGGCGGCGUGUAGACGUGUGCAGCGACUGCUGCUGUUGAUGUUCAUCUGCGGCUGGAUUGGUUCUGCUCAUGGAGGCAAAUCGGACACUGAAAACGCCGCAGAGAAUGCCGAAAGAGGUAAAAAUGGAGCGGGAGAGGGGAAAGCGGCGGCGCCGGACGGGGCCUCCUCGGUGCGGCGCAGCGGCGGCUGGAAGCUCGCGGAGGAGGCGGCCUGUCGGGAGGACGUGAGCCGGAUCUGCCCCAAACACGCCUGGAACAACAACCUGGCCGUGCUCGAGUGCCUGCAGGACCGAAAAGACGAGACUGAAAUCGCUGCAGACUGCAAUCAUCUGCUAUGGAACUAUAAGUUCAAUCUGACGACUGAUCCAAAGUUCGAGUCUGUCGCCGUUGAGGUGUGCAAGACCACCAUCAGUGGGAUUAAGGAGUGUGCCGCUGAGGAACGUGGGAAGGGUUACCUGGUGUCGUGUUUAGUAGAUCACCGCACCAACAUCUCAGAGUACCAGUGUAACCAGUACAUCACCAAGAUGACCAGCAUCGUCUUCAGCGAUUACCGGCUGAUUUGCGGCUUCAUGGACAAGUGCAAGGACGACAUCAACAAACUGCACUGUGGAAGCGUCAACACUGGAGACAAGGACAUCCACUCUCAGGGCGAGGUGAUCGCGUGUCUGGAGAAAGGCCUGGUGAGUGAAGCCGAGGAGCAGCCGGCCAUCACCAUCAAAGAGGACUGUAAGAAGUCAAUCAUGCGUGUGGCCGAACUCUCCUCCGACGACUUCCACCUCGACCGCCAUCUCUACUUCGCCUGUCGGGAAGACCGCGAACGCUACUGCGAAAACACUCCAGCAGGAGAAGGAAAGGUCUACAAAUGUCUGUUCAACCACAAAUUUGAGGAGAGCAUGUCGGACAAAUGCAAGGACGCUCUUUCCACUCGUCAGAAGCUGAUCGCUCAGGACUACAAGGUCAGCUACUCACUGGCUAAAGCCUGCAAACCGGACCUGCGGAAAUACCGCUGCAACAUGGACACGGCCAUGCCUCGAGCCAGAGAGGCCAAGCUCUCGUACCUGCUGCUGUGUCUGGAGGCAGCCGUGCACCGAGGUCAAACUGUGAGCGGCGAGUGUCAGGGAGAGAUGCUGGACUACAGGCGCAUGCUGAUGGAAGAUUACUCGCUCAGUCCCGAGAUCGUGCUGCAUUGCAGAGGGGAGAUUGACACGCACUGCUCUGGCCUGCACCACAAGGGUCGAACCCUGCACUGCCUCAUGAGGGUGUCCCGGGACAAGGGCAUCUUGGAAGGCCACUGCCAGAAAGCUCUCCAGACACUGAUACAGGAAACAGACCCCGGGGCUGACUAUCGCAUUGAUCGCGCUCUGAAUGAGGCCUGCGAGUCCGUCAUCCAGACCGCCUGCAAACACAUCCGAAACGGAGACCCCAUGAUCCUGUCUUGUCUGAUGGAGCAUCUGUACACUGAUAAGAUGGUUGAAGACUGUGAACACAGAUUGCUAGAGCUGCAGUACUUCAUCUCCAGAGACUGGAAACUGGACCCUAUCCUGUACAAAAAGUGUCAGAACGAUGCGUCCCGCAUCUGUCACACUCACGGCUGGAACGAGACCAGCGAGUUCAUGCCGCCCGGAGCCGUUUUCUCCUGUCUGUACCGGCACGCUUACCGCACCGAGAUGCAGGGACGACGGGGUUCAUCAGAAACUUCUGAUGUAAGUUCGGACGAGAGGUCAAAUUUAUCUCGGGACUGUAAAACGGAGGUUCAGAGGAUCCUCCACCAGAGGGCCCUGGAUGUGAAACUGGAUCCGGAGCUGCAGCAGCGAUGCAUGACAGACCUUGGGAAGUGGUGCAGUGAGAAGACUGAAGCUGGACAGGAAUUGGAGUGCUUACAGGAUCAUUUAGAUGAACUGGUCACUAGCUGCAGGGAUGUGGUGGGAAACCUCACAGAAUUGGAGUCCGAGGACAUUCAGAUUGAGGCCUUGUUGAUUCGAGCCUGUGAACCCGUGAUCCAGUCCUACUGUCAUGAGGUGGCCGAUAAUCAGAUAGACACAGGGGACUUGAUGGAGUGUCUCGUUGCUAAUAAGCACCAGAAGGAAAUGAACGAGAAAUGCACCGUCGGAGUCACACACUUCCAGCUGAUCCAGAUGAAGGACUUUCGCUUCUCGUACAAGUUCAAGAUGGCGUGCAAGGAGGACGUGCUCAAACUGUGCCCCAACAUCAAAAAGAAGUGAGCGCCUGGCUGUCAAACAAAGCAAAUGUUUCAUAACUGCUUUUAUGCGUUUUUUUGCAUUUAUGCAAGUUUUAUGUUGUCCUCAAGAGUAAUAUUG